AUGGCUAUCGCCCAUGAUCCCUUUGAACUGCCAAAGCUACGUUCUUCGUUUAUCCUCGAUAACGAUACAGAAUUUCUAGAAAAUGACAAUGUUGCCGAGUUCUUCGAUGUCAAGUUUUGUCCUUACCAACCUUUAGACGCUGCCCCUGUCUUUGCAGCCAUUAGCAAAAAGCAUGAUGAGGCCUCUGCGUGCUGUUGUACUUGGACAAAGGAUCCGGAAACUGGAGCUCCCUACCUUUGCAUUGGUGGAGUCGAUGCCAAAGUCAAGAUCUAUGAUGUUGUGAACGGAAAACUAUACAGGGAUGUCAACGAUUUAGCAACUUCGCCUGCAGAUCCCUCUAUCAUUGCCUCUGCAUCAGGUGAUACCAGUAUUCGUGUCUGGAGUCUUGACCCAGUGCAUGCUAACCGCCCAUGCUUGGUAAUCCUCUCUGGUGAAGGUCAUUCAUGGGAUCUGCUCAGCUUGGCGUUCCAUGAUACAGGUCGGUAUAUUCUGUCAGCAGGCCACGAUCAAAUCAUCAACCUGUGGACGAUUCCUGAACUGCCGACCGAGCCUAUCCAAACCCCAGCUCGAAUUCAUUAUCCUCACUUUUCAACGUCUGCUGUCCAUAGUGGGAUCAUAGACUGCGUGGCAUUCUACGGCGAUUGUAUCCUCUCACGAGCAUGCCAUGACAACGUUAUCUCGCUUUGGAGGAUAGAAGGGUUUUCGUCCUCAAACCCACCUCCUGCGGAGAACGAGGCGCCGGUGGCUCAGACCACCAUUCCAAGUAACUGCGAGGAAGCGAGUCGUCUUACGCUCUCGGCAUUUGUUCCCACAGUCUCACCGGAAUGCCCAUCUCAAUACACCACACUGCUCCAAUUCGCAACUCCCAAUUGCGGCCCUCAGUUCUUUAUGCGUUUCAAAUUGCAUUUUGUACCGGAUCAACACCCUGUUUUGGCUUUCUGUAACGCCGGCGGCAACGUUUUCUUCUGGGAUUUCGAACGUUUGGUAGCAUAUCGCGAGUUUAUGGAAGCUUACAAAGAUCCCGGAAGGGAUAAAACUAAACAUCUUCCUCACCCUAGCUGGUUGAGACCUGUAAAGGCUCGCCCCAAGCAGGAAAUUAGCAAAGGCCGGCAUGGAGGUGGCGACAAAGAUAUUCCGAGUGCUUUCAAAGAGGAUGCUAUCAAGUUAAACGAAGAGAUUCCAGACGGCUACAACGCAGAAACCCUUGAGACCUGGGCGUCUAGGUACAGUACGGGUGAUCCCCACGAGCCUCUGAAGGCACAUAAGACGGAGUCUUCAUCGGCAACCUUUGUAGGGCGACAAACAGCAUGGAGUCCCGGUGGUGAGUGGUGUGUCGUAGUGGGCAGUUCCAACCAGGCGUUGAUUCUCCAGCGAUGGGCCAACAAGGGCUCAACAUCUAGGGCGUCUGCCUCGGCGUCCGUGCCUCCUUCUGUAUCGGCGCAAAACGGCACAGCUUGA